AUGUCCAAGAUUACGCUGGAUGAUGGGCAGGGUAACUGCCCCUCUCCUGGGCUUCAGUUCUUGGGUAAUCAAAAAUCUGCCAAAGGAUCUCUCGAAGAUACAAUACUUAUUACAUGGCCAGCGCUGUUAACAAAGCAUUUAAACCUACUCGAAUCGCACGUUAGUCUAUUAGAUCAACUUUUGCAUAAUAUACCAAAACAUUCAAGCUGUAUAAAGAGCAAUGAUCCCGCAAAAUGCGAGGUUUUAGGAAAAGACAGGCGAAAAACUAUAGCUCGAAUGUUGAAUAGCGCAAAGGAUGUACUUGAGCAAACAAGAGAAGCUGCAAAGGAGAUACUACUCCAGCUACAGCGGAAUGAAAAAAUAAAUCAAGAAUUGAAAGGAACGAAAGGAACGAAAUCCGAAAGAUUUGAAUCAAAACUUCAUACCAGAACACAAAGCUCGAAACACGAUGCCACGAGGCAAGGCGAAACGGGACAGGGUCUCAAAAAUAAUCUUAAUUCUGACCUGAAAUACUCACUCUCCCACAAUACAGUCACACGUUCAAUGGAACCUAAAUCUGUUCCCAAGUCUCAAGAUCAGACAGCUACUGACGCUGGGUUUGAUUCGCUUUGCGGCAACGAUAAAAAUUUGUUGACUACAACAACGAAUAAGAGCGAAGAGAAUGUAACUUUUUCAAUUCCUAACAUCAAAGCAGAUUGUAGCACGAAUGGUUUCGCCCUAAAUCAAAAACCGAGUACUGGUCUUGGUCUGACUGAACCGAAUGAUAGCGCCUCUUCUACAACGAGCAAAAUUUACCCUGAAUUGAAACAAAAGAUCAAGCAUCAAAAAAAUCGCCGAAAUUCUGAGCCUGAAAUGAAAGCAAUGAAGAAAGAGAACAUCACACGUUCGACAUCCGAGGACGAUUUACCCGAUGUCGACUUUGCUGCACUUGAGGCCACUCUUCUGGCAGAGAUUGCUGCCGGGGAAAAGACUCCAAAGCUUCCUGGGAUACGAGCACCAAAGUUUAUCAAGGAGAAAACUGAUAAGAAGAGGCGUAGACGAAGCAGUGAUAAAAUUGAAGUGGAAAAAAAAAGGAUAAAGAAAAUCCUAAUUGAAGAGAAAGGUGUAUUGAACAAGAAGAGGAAGGCCUACGACAGUCUUGUGAACAUGGAAACGCGCCCUAACUCGAAAAAGCAAAGACAUGGAAAAGAACGAGUUUAA